CCAAAACAUCCUGGCACUGCCACCAUCCUGGCCAGGAUGGGCCUGCUGUUUCUUGUCCUGUUACCACUUUCCUGCGUCUUGGGACUGCCAUUCUACAACGGCUUCUACUAUUCCAAUGGCCUGCAUGGCAAUGGCUAUGGGGAAGGCCUAUUCAAUGGCGUGAAGUUGGUGGUGGAGACCACUGAGGAGUCCCUGUUCAGUCACCGAGGAGCCAGUGUGACCCUGCCUUGCCACUACCACUAUGAGCCAGCCCUGGCAUCCCCGAGGCAUGUGCGUGUUAAGUGGUGGAAGCUGUCAGAGGACGGAGUCCCGGAGCAGGAUGUGCUGGUAGCCAUCGGGCAGAGGCACCGCUCCUUCGGGGACUACCAAGGACGAGUACAACUGCAGCAGGACAGACAGCAGGACGUCUCGCUGGAGCUGAGAGACCUGCGGCUGGAGGACUCCGGGCGCUACCGCUGUGAGGUCAUUGAUGGGCUGGAAGAUGAGAGUGGCCUGGUAGAGCUGGAGCUUCGGGGCGUGGUUUUUCCCUACCAGCCCCCCAAAGGGCGCUACCAGCUCAACUUCCACGAGGCCCAACAGGCCUGCCAGGAGCAGGAUGCCGUGGUGGCCACCUUUGAGCAGCUCUUCCGCGCUUGGGAGGAGGGCCUAGACUGGUGCAAUGCAGGCUGGCUCCAGGAUGCCUCCGUGCAGUACCCUAUAGCGCUGCCCCGGCAGCCCUGUGGAGGCCUGGGUCUGGCACCUGGUGUUCGCAGCUAUGGCCAGCGUCACCACCGCCUGCACCGUUAUGACGUGUUCUGCUUCGCUGCUGCCAUCAAGGGGUGGGUGUACUACCUGGAGCACCCCAAGAAGCUGACGCUGCUGGAGGCCAGGGAGGCCUGCCAGGAAGAUGGCGCACAGAUCUCAACGGUGGGCCAGCUCUUUGCUGCUUGGAAGUUCCGCGGCCUGGAUCGUUGUGAUGCUGGCUGGCUGGCAGAUGGAAGUGCCCGCUACCCCAUAGUUCAGCCACGACUCAACUGUGGGCCCCCUGAGCCUGGAGUACGGACCUUUGGCUUCCCAGACCCACACACCCGCUAUGGUGUCUACUGUUACCGCCGGCGCUAGGAGGGUGGCCAGCUGCACAUCUGUCCUGCCCCGUGACUUCCUGGGCCAAGUGUUUAGUAAGCAGACUGUUGUCCCUUGUGGGUUCGAACGUUGCUUGUAUUGUUUUUAUACUUCCCAAUUUAUACAUUUUUAAAGGUAUUAUUAUUAUUAUUGUUAUUAUUUUACGGACCCAACUCCCAACUCUCUUGGUAUUCCUCUCUGGGGCAUUGAGGUCCGUUUGCUUUUAAAAGGCCCUGCCACAUUUUGGUACAGCUGGCAUCCCUAACCUGAAGGAACUAGUGCCCAGCACGGGCAGUGGCUGCAGCUAGCUAGCUCCCUUUCCUCAGCUUACAGGAGGCAGAAGGCUGAGUGCUGACUCUUUUUAAAUGUCUGUACAGGGUCCUUAGGCUUGUGGGUGAGGACAUACGAAAGGAAGAAUGACCUUUUUCCUGCUUCCACAGAGGA